AUGAUCAUAGUCAACGCCACUCUGCGCCAAGACGAUGCAACCGCGUCCACUCGCACCGCCGCCCGUCUCUUGCGCCGCAAGCCACAGCUGGUCCAACAAGUGUGGAAAGAGUUCGUCGAAAAGGGCUCCACCACGACCAAGCCCCAAGCCCCCUGCGACAUGUCUCUCCGAACAAGACUCCCCGUCACGUCAGACCUGGCCAAGAUCAUUCAAGACUUCGUUCGCCAGCGUCGCCAAGGACGAUAUCGGACAGUGGCGAAGGACGUUGCCCACUUCCUGCGGUCCCAAAACCUCUUGGAAUUCGAAAUAGAGUCGCAAUCGUCAACGCAAGCAGCCUACCGGUCAACCCAGAGGGUCCUGGCAAAACUUGGGUACAAGAGGGGAAAGAAGAAGAGAGGUCUAGGCCUUCGCAUGUGCGAAGCUAAUGCAUCGUGA